AACUUAUCGCUGUAUACGCAAAGAAGAAGGUUAAAAUGAAGUUAGCGGUGGUGUUGAUAUUAUUAAUUGCUAUCCAGUACACCAUAGCCACUCCACUAUUCGGUGGAUCAGGCAGUCAUGGAACACGUGGAAAGUUUGAAAGGACGACGACAAGAACCACAGGAUUGAAUAAUAGAUUUAAAUCGAGAUCCUUAGGAAGCACACGUGGAGGAGCAGGUGAAUUAAGUUCACCAUUAGGAUGUCUGACUGGUUCACUCAGUGGCAUCGGCAUCAGUGUGUCAAGAACCACAGAGAGCCUUCGUACGUCUUUUAAAUCAUUUGCUGGAGCAAGUGGAUCGAUAUUGUGCAGUGUGACCGGGGAACUUGAUGGAGUACUAUCCAUAGUAAAUUCUCUUACUGGAUCAGCCUCCGAAGCUGCCACUUUAUUCAUUGGUUCAUUGGGUUCUAUUUUCAAUUCAAUAACAAGAACUGUUGGCAAUCUGUCUUCGCAUUUGGGACUUUCGUCAGGAAUCGUAUCUGAGAACAUAUUGUCUGUUUCCAGAACUCUUACCGUGGUUUUGGAUCGAGUCUCCAGACUUUCAGCUAGAAAACACAACAAUGAAAUAGACGAUUGUUUUGGUUUUGUAGGAGAUUCAGUUGCUGCUUUGGUCGAUGCAAUUACUUUUGUAACUGUAUCAGUCGGAAAUGUGUCGGAAAUUGUCGCAGAAGCUAUUGCAGCUCUCACGGUUAUUCUAAACGUUGUGCUCUUCGUGGUAGAAAGGGUUCUUGCUAUAGCCGCAGCUGUCUUACAAAAUGUUCUGGGAGCAGUAAGCCGAACACUUGAAACAGUAGUUCUUGCUGUUACAGUUGCAGUUGAUGCCGUUGUCGAAAUUACUCAACGGCUUGUAAACGUUGUAUUGUCAGUAACUGAUAACUUUGUUGCGGUCGUUGGAGAUGUUGCAAGUUCUUUAUCAACAAUUUCUUCGACAUUUGUUGGUACAAUCAGCAGCGUCACUGGAAUUGUUGCUGGAGUAACAGGCACACUAUCAGGAUUGACUGGAUCUACUCUAAAUAUAGUAACCGGCUUAGCUGGCGUUGGAACUAACUUGCUAGGAGGACUGUCUCUUCAUCGCAAAGGAGAUACACUUGUGCACCCUCGACGCCAGAUCCACCAUCACCACGGAUCAUCAAUUAUUAACAACUAUGAAGACAACGACAUUAAUGUGGAUGUGGACGUAGUCGAUCGUGAUGUUAUAGUUGCAGGCCCACGUGAUAAUUUCUAUGGCAAUCAUAGGCCAUCAGUUAUUAGUACCUAUGAAGACAACGACGUCAAUGUGGAUGUGAACGUAGACGAUCGUGAUACCAUAAUUGUACGCCCACGUGAUCAUUUCUAUGGCAAUCAAGGGCCAUCAAUUAUCAGUACAUAUGAAGACAACGACGUUAAUGUGGAUGUGGACGUCGACGAUCGUGAUACCAUAAUUGUUCGACCAAGUGAUCAUUUCUAUGGCAAUCAAGGGCCAUCAAUUAUCAGUACCUAUGAAGACAACGACGUUAAUGUGGAUGUGGACGUAGACGAUCGGGAUACCAUAAUUGUACGCCCACGUGAUCAUUUCUAUGGCAAUCAAGGGCCAUCAAUUAUCAGUACCUACGAAGACAACGACGUUGAUGUGGAUGUGGACGUAGACGAUCGGGAUACCAUAAUUGUUCGACCAAGUGAUCAUUUCUAUGGCAAUCAAGGGUCAUCAAUUAUCAGUACCUAUGAAGACAACGACGUUAAUGUGGAUGUCGACGUAGACGAUCGUGAUACCAUAAUUGUUCGACCUAGUGAUCGUUUCUAUGGCAAUCAAGGGCCAUCAAUUAUCAGUACCUAUGAAGACAACGACGUUAAUGUGGAUGUCGACGUAGACGAUCGGGAUACCAUAAUUGUUCGACCAAGUGAUCAUUUCUAUGGCAAUCAAGGGCCAUCAAUUAUCAGUACCUAUGAAGACAACGACGUUAAUGUGGAUGUCGACGUAGACGAUCGGGAUACCAUAAUUGUUCGACCAAGUGAUCAUUUCUAUGGCAAUCAUGGGCCAUCAAUUAUAAAUACCUAUGAAGACAACGACGUUAAUGUGGAUGUGGACGUAGACGAUCGUGAUGUCAUAAUUACAGGCCCAAGUGAUAAUUUCUAUGGCAAUCAUAGGCCAUCAAUUAUCAGUACCUACGAAGACAACGACGUUGAUGUGGAUGUGGACGUAGACGAUCGUGAUACCAUAAUUGUUCGACCAAGUGAUCAUUUCUAUGGCAAUCAAGGGCCAUCAAUUAUCAGUACCUAUGAAGACAACGACGUUAAUGUGGAUGUCGACGUAGACGAUCGAGAUACCAUAAUUGUUCGACCAAGUGAUAAUUUCUAUGGCAACCGUAGGCCAUCAAUUAUUAGUACAUAUGAAGACAACGACGUUAAUGUGGAUGUGGACGUAGACGAUCGUGAUACCAUAAUUGUACGCCCACGUGAUCAUUUCUAUGGCAACCAUAGGCCAUCAAUUAUCAGUACCUAUGAAGACAACGACGUUAAUGUGGAUGUGAACGUAGACGAUCGUGAUGUUAUAGUUGCAGGCCAACGUGAUAAUUUCUAUGGCAACCAUAGACCAUCAAUUAUCAGUACCUAUGAAGACAACGAUGUUAAUGUGGAUGUGGACGUAGACGAUCGUGAUGUUAUAGUUGCAGGCCCACGUGAUAAUUUCUAUGGCAACUAUAGGCCAUCAAUUAUCAGUACCUAUGAAGACAACGACGUUAAUGUGGAUGUGGAUGUAGAUAAUCGUGAUGUACUAGUUCAAGGCCGUGGCUUAAACCCACGUGAUCAUAUCCAUCGUCGAAGACCGUCAUUUACAGACACUUAUGACAACAACGAUAUUGAUGUAGAUAUCGAUGAAGACGAUUUUGAUAUCGAAAAUGUCUUAGUGACGUUAAAAUUCAGGGGCGAUAACCUCAAGAGUUCUCGUGGAGGCUCAUUUAGACAUCAGCGAAAGCUUUCGGGUCGUAACUUCGAUUUCUUCGACAUUUUAAGACAAAAAAUUUUAUAUUUCCGUAAUCAAAGGCGUAAUUGCAUAGAAGAUGACAGUGGACAUGGCCAUCACCGAAGACAUGUACAUAGACAUCGGGGUUUCUGAAUUUAGAAUUAUAGUAUAAGUUUAAAUGUCCAGCUUGCUGUUGUUGAGCGUAGCGGAGUCGACACUACAUUAAUAACAUAAAGUUGUAUGUGAAGGAUUGUUACAAAUUAUUGUAAAACAAAAUAUGUAUUUUGAAAAUUUUGAAUACAAUAAACCUGUUACUUAA